AACAGCGCAACUGCUAAAGUUGUACGUCACUUGUUCGUGAUAUCAAUUAAUUUUCAACGUAUUUACGUUAAAUAAAAAGCCACAGUUAUUCGGAUUUUAGACAAAGUCUUUGGAAGUAAUCAAGUGUCUAUAAACGUGUAGUGGUAUAAAAUGAAGGAGACGUUAAUCGCGCUUUGCGCGAUUUUAGCUGUAUCCACAGCUAAAACAAUUAUUACAGCAGAAAGUACGCCUUAUCUUUUGGGAGCUGAAGAAUGUACAUGGGGUCCAUCUUAUUGGUGUCAUAAUAUAACAACUUCUGCACAUUGCCAUGCUACUCAUCACUGUAUUAAAAAGGUUUGGGAGAAUAUGGAAGUUCCAGAAGAUAAUGAUACAGUUUGUGGAGUAUGUAAAGAUAUGGUGCAACAGGCAAGAGACCAACUGGAAAGUAAUCAGACUCAACAAGAUUUGAAAGCAGUCUUUGAAGGCAGCUGCAAGUUAAUCCAUAUUAAUCCAAUAGUAGAAGAAUGCAUAAAACUUGUCGAUCAAUUCAUUCCUGAACUUGUGGAAACUUUGGCUUCUCAAAUGAACCCAUCUGUAGUAUGUUCAGUAGCAGGUCUUUGUAAUUCAGCACAUAUUGAUAUGUUACUGAAUAACUUUCAAGAACAAACGUCAGAGAACAAGAAAAUAAAAUCUAUUUCAUUGGAGAAAGAUGAACUUGAACCUGAUGAAUGUUCCAAAUGUUUUACAAUUGCGACACACAUGGAAUAUAAUUUAAAAGAUAUGUCAAAGGAUACAAUGUUGCAACAGAUGCUCGUUAUUUGUGGAGAUUUUAGCUCAUUUUCAGAUGCCUGUUCAUCCAUAAUCUUAACAUACUUUGAUACAAUUUACUCUCAUCUUCAAGACAACUUCAAUCCACAGAAUAUUUGUCAUUUGUCUGGCCAGUGUAGUGAUAAGUUCCACAAACAUGAAGAUGGAACUGUAAAGCCUAUGAAUGUAGAAAUAAGGCCACUUUCCAGUGUUGGUAUGGUUGAAGUUGAUGAUGAUCUUCCAUGCAAAUUAUGCGAACAGCUUGUAGGUCACUUAAAAGAUUUGUUAGUAGCAAACACCACAGAAGCUGAAUUUCAUUUAGUGCUUCAAGGUCUUUGUAAGCAAACAAAAUCUUUUGCUACUGAGUGCAAGGCAAUUGUUGAUGAAUAUUACCCAGAAAUAUACACAUAUCUCACAACAAAGUUAAAUGGCAAUGUUGUAUGUCAAAUGUCUGGAAUUUGCCCUAGCCCAGGGAAAAGAAUAACUGGUCCAAUUGCACCUCUGAUUCCGACAAAAGCUGCAGAAAUUGGUGUACGUAUUUUAAAUAAGAAAAUUGAUACGAAAAAUAAUAACACAGAAGUAGAAGAAAUGCAAUUACCAAUAGAAAAAUAUGGUAUUUCUUUCAAUGGUCCAAAAAUAUCACAAACAGGUGCUGAAAGCAAAGAAGGAUGUGCAUUAUGUGAAUAUGUGCUGCAUUAUAUACAAAUCGCUAUUACGGACCCUACUAACGAGGAAAAAGUAAAACAAAUCAUUGGAAAAAUGUGUAAGAAAUUACCAAACAGUAUAGAAAAUGAAUGUGGACAAUUUAUUGACACUUAUGGAGAUGCAGUUGUAGCUCUUUUAGCUCAAGAAAUCGAUCCAUCUCAGGUAUGUCCAAUGAUACAUGUAUGCCCAUCAGAAGAACUGAUAGAAGUUUGGAAUAAAGCUCCUAAAGGUUAUAUAAUCGAAACACAUGAUAAACCAAGUUGCCCAUUAUGUUUACUUGCUUUAACACAAAUCUAUGAUGCUAUUAAAGACAACAAAACAGAAGUUAAAAUAAAAGAUGAGCUUGAUAAAUUAUGCAAUCAUUUGCCAAACACUUUGAUUGAUCAAUGUGCAGACUUUGUGAAAGAGUAUAGUAAGGAAUUAAUAGAAAUGUUACUUGCUGAUCUUACACCAAAAGAAAUUUGUGUUUAUAUCAAGUUAUGUAAUCCAGAAGAAAAUCCAGGACCAAGAAACUUUUUCUUAACUAAUAAAGAUGGUGAAAUAAUGACUAAUGAGAUACCUGACUUUUUGCCAUUACAACCGAAUAUUCAAAAUAAAUUAAAUGAUAGCUCGUCUUGCGUUAUGUGCGAAUUUGUGAUGCAAUAUGUUGAUAAAGCAAUGAGCAAGAAAAAAACUAGAGAUGAAAUCGAACAUAUCGUUUAUGGUAUUUGCAAUCAUCUUCCAAAGACAAUUUCUAAGGAAUGUAAUAAAUUCGUUAGCCAAUAUGCCGAUGCUGUAAUACAAAUUCUUUCGGAGGAUGUUACGCCGAAAGAAGUUUGUACGAUGAUCGGUUUUUGUACGAUUGAUACGAGAAGGAUAAGAGAAUCUAUGGAGGAAUGCGCUUUAUGCCAACUAGUUAUAUCGACACUCGAUAAACUUUUGGAUAAUCCUAAUGUAGAUAGUGAUAUCGAAGAAGUCGUAUCGAAGAUUUGCAAGUAUAUGCCAGCAAAUAAACAAAAUAAAUGCGUUAUGAUGAUGGAAAUAUACGAACAAAGUAUAAUAAAUAUAAUUAAAUCGCAUGGCGACGUUAAAAAGAUAUGUAGUAAAAUUGCAUUGUGCUCGGAGAAUGAUUAUCUCGCUAUGAUGUUAACACCUGCACGUAUCAGACAAUCCUAUUUGGUAGACAAACAAUGUAUAUGGGGCCAGAGUUAUUGGUGUCUGAAUUACGAAAAUGCCGUCAAAUGCAAGGCUGUUGAGCACUGUAUGAAGAAGGUAUGGAAAAAAGAUUCCACAUUUGAAUUAAAACAAUCUAUGAUUCAAAUGUCCCCUGGAAAUUAAAUCCACAUAAGCAGCAAUACAUCUUGGUGUUUCUUUAGAUAAGAAGCCACUUAUUGUAAUAAUAUAUAAAUGAUGUAUGUUCGUGGCAAUUUAUCUUAAAAAAAAAAAAUAAUAAAUACAUAAAAAUGA